CCAGUCAGCGCUGGUGAUCCGAACUCAAUACUGAAUCAUAUCUACAUACGGUACAGUCUACGGUACCUUUGCCGCUUGCAUAUUUUCCCAUAUUUUCAUUUGCAAUACUUCACACAAUCGCAUCCGCCGACGUAGAAGGACGCACUCCUCACCUCCACGGCAAAAUUGGCCAAAUAUUUUGCUGUAACUAAUCGUGAAUGUUCCACCGAUGCGAUGUUACGUUUGUCUUAUUAUUUAAUGUAAGCACUAAGCAGUAAGCUGACAUUUUCUCUCUUUACGGGCCCGAUCUUCCAACAGGCUUCUAGGAGGAGGGGUCGUCUGGAUGAUUGAAAGUUGAAACUACUAGAUGGUUUUCCUUUCCCAUUGUACUAUCGGAAUAAAACCAUAAAGGGAAUAUUUGGGAACAGUCCGACAGGAAUCACUGCCUUGUCGUUGUUGUUUUCGUUGGCGUGGUGGUGGUGUGUGCGUGGGGCAAACGUAGCGCCAGGGCCUGUUGCUUCGUCCUGUUGCCAUUAUUUUCAAUACGUGCCUUUCUGGGAGAACUAUUUGGAAGUCAUUAAAUGGAUCCUGGACACCGUUCGCACAAUGGCUCUGCACAAUCCUUCAGUCAAGUGCCCGAUGUGGCGGUGCUGAAUCGUGUUAGGAGGGCCCGAGGGGUACGAUCAGGCUGCCGUAGUCUGCGAGGAAAGAAAACCGAGUAGGGCAGUUUUCGAGACGUGCCGCGGAAAUGAUCGCCUGUAUGGAGGAUUCGCAGAGAUUGAGUCUUUCCGAAAGUGGCGGAGGAUAUCGCAGUUUCACCGGAUAUCAAGGCGAUCGCGAUAACAUAUCGGUUUCGAGUCAGGAAAGCCUGGAUCUGACACCCACCGCCGCCAAUCCCCAUGUGGACAGCAUAAACAGCACCGGCAGUCACGAACACUGCCACUUCCCCGCCAACGCCCUAGACACAUCCAAAGCGGCGCGGAAGAAGCUCAUCAUCGCGUCUGUACUGUGUCUUACCUUCAUGAUUGGCGAAAUCGUCGGUGGAUAUGUUGCUGGAAGUUUGGCGGUUCUGACUGAUGCUGCCCAUUUAUUAACGGACUUUGCCUCCUUUAUGAUUAGCUUAUUUUCCUUGUGGUUAGGUGCUCGGCCUGCCACGAAACGAAUGAGCUUCGGGUGGUAUCGAGCAGAGGUUAUCGGUGCCUUAACGUCUGUGAUAAUGAUAUGGGUUAUUACGGGGAUUUUGGUGUACGAAGCGGUGCAGAGGAUUCGCACGGGAGAUUAUGAAAUUAAUGCCAGUGUGAUGUUGAUUACGGCGGGAGUUGGAGUGGCCUUCAAUAUCAUAAUGGGCAUUUCGCUGCAUGAUGUGGGCCAUCAUCACGGGCAUAGUCACGGCCACGAUCAUGGUCACAGCCACGGCGAGGAGGAGCACAGUCACGAUCACGGCCAUGAUCAUGAUCAUCACACCUCCUCGACGAAUCUGGUAGUGGAGUCGUCCAACGGCCAUAUUGGCGGGAAUCCCGGUCAACCUGACAGUCAUGCGCACAGCCAUGGAACCAAUAUCAAUGUGAGGGCAGCUUUUAUCCAUGUGGUGGGAGAUCUCUUCCAGAGCGUCGGUGUGCUGAUUGCCGCUUAUAUCAUUUACUACAAACCGGAAUAUCGCAUUGUAGAUCCAAUCUGUACAUUCCUGUUCUCCGUGUUGGUGCUCUUCACCACGGUGACGAUCAUGCGCGAAACACUCAACGUCCUCAUGGAGGGAAUUCCACGGGGAUUUGAUUUCGACCGAGUGCGGGAUUCCCUCCAGGAGAUACCCGGUGUUAUUCGGAUCCAUAAUUUGCGAAUUUGGGCUUUGACAAUGGACAAAGUCGCUGUUAGUGCCCAUUUAGCAAUAGAGCCGACAGUCCAAUCUCAAGAAGUCCUGCGCAGUGCACUGAUUAAACUGCGCAAGCAGUUCAACAUCCACGAAUCCACACUGCAGAUUGAAGAUUAUCACCACAUGAUGGUGGACUGUGAAGGGUGUCGGGAGCCGCGCGACUGAUGCUAAGAAAUACAUUUUGGUUUUGAGGACCAUUAGAUGGCGCCUUACUUCGUUGAAUUGAUGUCUUCUUACCCUAUAUGCUCACUUUUUUGAUUCCGAUGUGCUUGUUGUACCGCCAAGGCUGGGUGCUUUCUAUUCAUUCGUAUAAUUUAUUUUUUAACACUUUUUCGCAGCGUUUUAAGUUUUUUCCCGAUUUUGUUACUGUGAUGUGAUUUUCAACCACUUCGAGGUUGAAAUUAUAAAGUUGAAAGCAUGU